UCCCCAUCUGAAAUCGAGUUCAGACAUGCGCGGGCGACAACGAACCUCCGCGUAGUAAGUGGUUACACUGCAUCUUCCUAAAAACCAAAAAAUCCGGCUUAAAAAUGAUUCCGAACGCUAAAGUUUCUUAACAAAUCGGUCUACAUACAACACCUAGCUAGAUCCGAACAGAUAAUUAUGUGUGAGUAGCGCAAAAUACAAACAAAGCGGCGGAGUUCGAUCGAUACCACGCCCUAGGGGCGCUACGAUGAGCUGCAAAGUGUCUCCAAGGCCCAGAAAACGUAAACAAAAGGAAGAAAUGAAGGAACAGAUUGUGGCACAGGUGCACAAACCAGUUAAAUCGAAUACGAGCUCCGAAAACGAUUACGCCAACUCCGAGGAUAACUUGGAGUCGAACAAAACCUACACGUACGAGGAUAAAAAUGAGAAUAUCAGCGUCCAUACGCCUAGCCGAGAUGUGUCUGUGGAUGAGGAGAGCCAGAUUAACUCCAAGAUCCUUUCCCUCAUUGAAACCGAGAUGAGGAGGGACAUCAACAAGCAUUCACACUUCACCGAUUCCAGGCCGCAGAGUCUCAGUUUCUACGAGGAUGAGAAGGUGCCAGAGGAAUUAUCAGGAAACCUUGAGCUGCUCAGCCCGGAAGAGCGCAAGCACUACAAGAAGCGGAAAGAGUACAUGCAGAUGGACACGGAAGAAAGGAACGCCUACAACGUGAUGCAGGACAUCUACAACUCCAGGGACUCCGAGGACAUCAUGGCAUCCUCGACGAAGAAGUCCAAGUCGCGCAAGAAGCGCCACGCCGAGUCCGAGUUGGGCAUGGGAGACAGCCGGGAGAUGAUGAUCCCCAAGGAGAAGCGCAAGAGCAAGAAGAAAAAAAGAGACGUCUCCCCAAUGGCGCCCAACAACACCAAGCGCAAGCACAAGAAGCGCGACGAGGACUAUGAGCUCCGCAAUGAUAUCACCGUGGCCUUGGAGGAGCUGCAGGACGACGUCUUCGAAAGCAAUCACGAGGAACCCAGCAAUAAGCCUGAGAGGGUAAGGAAGAGCCCCAGGAGGUCGGACAAGUUGUAUGUCCAGAAGAAGAACAAGUUCGAAGCCGUUCCCAAGCCACCUAAUACAUAUCUCAGCAGGCAAGGCGCCCAGGAUUUUGAGGACGGCAAGUUUGGAAAAAGGAGUUCAACAUAUCCCUUAGAAAUAGCGAUCCUUUUCCAAAGAUGGUGGAUGCGCAUGUCGACCUUGAGCCACGGCCUACUAGGCGGUUUAGCCUUGGGACACUGGUUGUACUUAAUUUGCAACAUGCGCAGACAGGAUGAUGACUUUUUGAUACACUACGCUUAUUAUAGUGAUACAUAUGUGGGCCUGUUUUUCGCGAUGUGUGUUUUAUGUAUUGUCUCUGUCUACGAUAGGAUUGACAUAGGUCAUCUAGAAUUUAAAAACAUGAGAGAAAUUUGGAAACACAAGAAAGGACUAAUGGUAGUUGUUCUCUAUAUCACUUGUUUGAUUGUGCACUUAUCCACUGCUGGAUACGAUGAGCAGUUGUCCCUUCUGUCGUAUAGCAACGCGACCAUAGCUAACAUUACCAAAAGUGAUCUAAAUGUGUGGAACCACCUGUCGUUGUGGAGAGCCAUUCUGGCGUUCAUCGCAUGGAUCAUGGUUGGCCUAGGACAGCCACACGACACGCUGUACGUCCAUUUGAAGAACAUGGAAACAUAUCUGCCAGACAAAUGAUGGUUGUUUAGUUAUAUUUUACCUUGGUUGACUUGAUAGUUUCUAUUGUGAUAUCUAUAAUAAUUCUAUGAAGACUGUUACACU